GAUGGUUAAAGACAUGAGGAGGCAGAUGGAUCGAAAUGUUGCCACGGUGAGAUCAACUAGCCUACAAUUCGCACAGCAGCCAGAUAGUUACAUUUCAGCUGAUGGCACUUGGAUCUCCACACGUCAAACUACGCAACCCUCUUCCCUGCAGCAGGAGCAGCUCAAUGUAUCCUCUACACAGAAUGUAGCUGAGGAGUGGCCAAUACCACCCCCUCCAAUCCCCUUUCUGGGUGACUAUCCAGAUAAUCAGGAAGUACAGUUGGCUCCACCCCCUCCACCUCCACCAGCCAUUGUACAAGAGCUUAGCCAACGUUUACAAGAGCUACAUGUACGACAACAAACCGCAGCUGCAGUCAGCAGAGCUCCUGACUUUCAAUCCCGAGUGCCACAGUCCACGCCCUUAUCUCAACCACGAGCUGGACUUAGCUUGGAUAACAACAUGCCCUCUCCUGCCCAAACAUUGGAUCCCACAAUGGCCAUAGCUACAAGGGAGAAGCUCUACAGAGGACCAUUGCCAUCAAUACCAGAGUUCACAAAGGAUGAUCCCAGGCAAUUUGCCAGAUUAAGACUCGCCCUUGAUAAUAUUCUCCCAGCCGACGCGACAGAGAGGUUCAAAUAUCAGGUACUAUGUGACCACCUUAAAUUUGAAGAAGCUCUUUUAAUUGCUGACUCGUACAGUAAUUCACUCCGCCCCUACUCUGAUAUGAUGGCUUCACUCACUAAACAUUACGGCCAGCCUCACCAACUGUCACUUCAGAGAAUAGCAGAGCUUAUGGAUGAGCCCAAUAUUCGUACAAGUGACACAACCGGUUUCAGGAGAUUUGCUCUACGAUUGCGUGCUUUGGUUGGCAUGUUAGAGCAACUUGGGGAAGAUGGACACAUAGAGCUACAAUGCGGAUCUCAUGUAGCAAGACUCACACGGAAGCUACCCCAAGACUUGCGUGCUGCUUUCCGCCGCUACCUCUACCCACAGAAAAGUGGAAUACCAUCAUUGAGAGACUUUGCAGAGUGGCUGGAGUAUGAGUUGAUUAUUCAAGAGGGUGGAGAUCGCUCUGUCAAGGUGGAAGAAAGGCCGAGAGACAGAAAUGGCAUCAAAAGAGAUAAGAGAGCCACUAAAGGGACUACUACUGUGCUACAUGGCUCAACACACGAUGCUACCUCUCAGAGGUCCUCAGCCACAACCCCCUCCACUUCUGAGGCCCAAGGCAAGCCCACAGCCUUUUGCCCUUAUUGUAAUAAUACUCUCCACUUUCUAGAUCAAUGUUCGAAUUUCAAGCUGCUGACAAAGGAGCAGAAGUCCACCUGGAUUAAAUCCAACAGUCGCUGCUGGCGUUGUGGACGACACCACCAGGCAGCUCAGUGUCGACUUAAAGUACAGUGUAACACAUGCAAGGGAAAACAUCUAGAAGCCCUGCAUGAAGUGAAUAUCAGCGCAGCUGUACCUACACCACCAUUGGAACAUGUCAGUGAACUGGGCAGUAAACCAUCUACUGAUGUGCUCUAUCUGGACCGUCGUUCAGGGCGCAACCAAGUGCUUCUGAAGAUAAGCAAAGUUCUGCUGCGAAAUGGGAAACACACCCUGGAGACGUUUGCCAUACUAGAUGAUGGUUCGGAGAGGACAAUUGUUCUCCCAGAGGCCAUGCAGAAGCUCCAGCUACAGGGCACUGCAGAGAGUCUUACUUUACGUACAGUAAGGCAAGGACUGAGAACACUGCAUGGUGAAUCAGUGACGGUCAAAGUCUCCUCUGCCACUCAACCAUCCAAGACAUUUACCAUCGAGAGAGCCUUCACAGCAGAUGAUCUAGGUUUGGCUCCACAUUCAUAUCCAGUAAAAGCACUGCAGCAGAAAUAUAGACAUUUGAGAAAGCUUCCUUUGCAGUCAUUUACCAAUGCCCAACCGCUCAUUCUGAUUGGAUCAGACUAUCCCCACCUAGUGACCCCCAUCCAACCUGUGCGGCUGGGCCCUCCUGGUGGUCCAGCUGCAGUCAAAACUAGGCUUGGUUGGGUAUUACAAGGACCAGUCCCCUCCCCUCGACACUCUGCACAACCACAACAAUGCCUCUUCCUUUCAGCUGCCUCACCUCAAUCAGACCUGUCAAGUCAAGUAGAGAGACUCUGGCAACUUGACAUUAUGCCGUACAGAAGUGAGAAGCUAGUGACGCGGUCUCGGAGGGAAGAGCAAGCUAUGAAGCUGCUGGAGGCAAAAACGACCAGACUGGAUAUUGAAGGUGUACACCGAUACGCAACUCCCCUUCUGCGUGUCAGUGAUAUGCCUACGCUCCAAGUACCACCUGUGGCAGUACUCCCCAGUCUACGUGGCACAGAGAAGCGCCUCAAUCGAGAUCCAGUGAAGGCUAAAGCUUAUCAAGCAGAGAUCACCAAGUUAAUAGCGGCUGGCUAUGUGAGAGAAGUGAGUGAAGAGAAGAUGAGGGCCUCAAGAGAAUCGUGGUUCAUCCCCCACCACAUGGUGACACAUAACGGUAAGAACCGUGUGGUGUUUAAUUGCUCAUUCACUUACAGAGAACAGAACCUCAACGAGCUGCUGUUGCCAGGCCCAAACCUGGGGGCCUCUCUCCUUGGUGUGCUAUUACGCUUCAGAGAACACACCAUUGCAGUUAGCAGCGACAUCAAGGGAAUGUUCCACCAGGUGAGACUACUGCCAGAAGAUCAACCACUGCUGCGUUUUAUCUGGCGUGACCUGCAAAGAGACACCCCUCCCAAGGUGUAUGAAUGGCAAGUGCUCCCGUUCGGAACAACAUGCUCCCCUUGCUGUGCCAUCUGUGCACUCCAGAGACAUAUCCAUGAUCACAGCCACCAGGGAGAGGAUGUUUGUGACGCCAUUGAGAAGAACUUCUACGUAGAUAAUUGGUUACAAAGCUUUUCUUCUCCAGAUGUGGCUAAAGAGGUGGUGGAGAAAUUACGGUCAGUAUUAUCAGAAGCAGGAUUUGAGCUCAGGCAAUGGGCCAGCAACACCCCAGACCUCAUUGCCCAUCUACCAAAGGAGUUAAGGUCAGAGAACAGUGAACAGUGGCUGAAUCAAACUGAUGUGGACCCUCAAGAACCAGCCUUAGGCUUGCGGUGGAUGUGUUACUCUGACACUCUGCAGUAUAAGUGUAGGCCCUUAAACAGUAAUCCUCCUACAAUGAGGAACAUCUAUCGGGUUCUGGCAAGUCAGUACGACCCACUAGGCUUCUUGGUCCCCUUCACGACAAGGGCUAAAGUACUAGUCCAGCGGUUAUGGGACAGAAAGCGUGAGUGGGAUGAUCCGCUGUUACCGAGUGAUUUGCUUUCUGCAUGGAGAGAAUGGGAAGAGGAACUGCAACAUCUGGACAAUAUCAGUUUGCAACGUUGUUAUGUAAGCCCUGAGCUGGACAAACCUGACAGUCAGCAUGAGGUUCACAUCUUUUGUGAUGGAUCGCAACAAGCCUACGGAAGUGUUGCAUAUCUACGGACGGAAGAUGGUGCUGGAAAGGUAGAAGUUGCCUUCCUUACUGCACGUUCCAGAGUGGCUCCUAAACGCCAGUUGUCCAUCCCACGUCUGGAACUAUGUGCAGCCUUGACAGGAGCUCAACUCGCCAGCCUGUUGACCAAAGAGCUCACCCUACCGUUAUCCAAAGUGGUGUUGUGGACAGAUUCCACCACCGUCCUAACAUGGAUUCAGUCAGAUUCCUGCCACUACAAGGUAUUCGUAGGAACUCGAAUAGCUGAAAUCCAAGAACUGACAGAUAGCUGUGCUUGGCAGUAUGUGACAACAUCUGACAACCCCGCAGAUGAUCUAACUAGGGGCAAAAGACUACGAGACCUCACAUGUCCGUCCCGGUGGGCAUGUGGACCAUCAUUUCUGCAGCUGCCGCAGGGCCAGUGGCCAGAGCAUCCAAUUACACCAUGCAAUAACUUCGCUGAGGAGCAGCGUAGAUCAGCAACUUGCUUGGUUGUAACCUCUGAACCCUGUCUGCUCCCAGAUGCUCAGAAAUUUACCAGUUUUAAUGACCUCUUAAAGGAAACUGCCAAAUGUCUUCAGGGGUCAACUGGUGACAAUCUCACAGCAGAGAACUACAAAGAGGCUGAGCUUACUCUCCUGCAAUCUGCUCAAAGAGACAGUUUCCCAGAUGAGAUCCAGUGGUUGACCACCGGGAAACCAGUUCAUUCGUCCAGUCGUUUAGUCACCCUGGCACCGGAAUAUGACAAAUCACUCCAACUCCUCAGAGUAGGUGGCAGACUUAGACGUUGUAAUGAUUUGGAACCUGCUAUGACUCAUCCGGUAGUCUUGGACCCAAAACAUCCUGUCACUAAACUACUCAUUCGACAGGCUGACAGAGAUUUAAAGCACCCAGGAGCAGAGAGAUUGUUUGCAGAGUUGAGAAGGAAAUACUGGAUUCUUAGGGGUCGUGAAGCCAUAAGAAGUGAACAGCGCUGUUGCCCCGAGUGCCAGAAAUGGAGAGCUCAACCUGUCAAUCCAAAGAUGGCAGACCUUCCCAUUGCACGCCUUCGAUUGAAUCAGCCAGCCUUCUUUUCAACAGGAAUCGACUGUUUCGGUCCAAUGCAAGUGAAGGUUGGUCGGCGAAUUGAAAAACGCUGGGGCCUGCUCUUCAAAUGCUUGACAACUCGUGCCAUUCAUAUUGAGGUGCUGUCUAGCCUCACUUCUGACUCAUUUCUCAUGGCAUUAAGAAGAUUUGUUUCUCGUCGUGGUAAACCAACUGAGAUACUCUGCGACCAAGGAACUAAUUUUCGAGGGGGAGAGAAAGAGCUGCAGGAAUCCUUUAAUGCUCUACACCCCUCCUUACAAUCCCAAUUAGCAGCACAUCAAAUCACAUUUCGAUUUAAUCCUCCCAGUGCUCCUCACUUUGGAGGAUCCUGGGAGCGGGAAAUCAGAUCCAUAAAAGCAGCCCUGAAAUCCACAAUAGGCUCGCAGGUUGUACAAGAGGAAAUCCUGCAAACAGUGCUGAUUGAGAUUGAGGGAAUGCUCAACUCGAAACCUUUGGGGUACGUAUCUUCAGAUCUAGCUGACCCAGACCCUAUUACCCCAAAUUUGUUGCUGAUGGGGCGGCUAGACCCUUCCCUACCCCAAGUGUUAUACCACGAUUCAGAGCUCAUUGGACAGCGACAUUGGAGGACCUGUCAAGUGCUAUCCGAUCGCUUCUGGACACAGUUCAUACGCCACUACCUGCCCACACUACAGACUCGGUCGAAGUGGCAAAGGGACACUUCUCCUAUCCAGUUGGGUACUGUGGUGAUGAUAGUGGAUCCCCAACUCCCAAGAGCCUCAUGGCCAAUUGGAGAGAUCAGCAGAGUAUUCCCGGGAGCUGAUGGCUUGAUUCGGUCCGCAGAGGUCAAGGUGAAAGACCACAUGUACACACGACCAGUGAGCCGCCUUAUCCGGCUACCUGCAGUACCAGAAUCAGAUGGACAGUGAGCUUUAAACUGCAAACUUGUGGUAGCAAGUUUGGGGGCGGCUGUUCUGAAGGCCAGGUUGUAGUUCCUAGCUUCGUCACCAGGUGGCGCGGCCGUUUGUGAGUAGCAGUUCUUUUUUCAUACCAAAACAUUGUUUGAGAAGCCGUGCAGGUCAGCGGAUGUGGUGUUUGAAGGUGGUUUUGUUAUUUUGUUCGAGUGUGCGUCCAUAUGAAUGAACCACACACAAAUGUCUACAAACUUCAAUCCACGCACAUCCUGCCUGUAAACCAGUUGUCACCGGCUGAUUAAAGAGUCAAACCAUCACCUGGCUUCAUUAUUGGCUCGGGGUCAUCUGGGCAUCUAAUCGGUGCACAUUCUGCGAUCACAAUUUUCAUUCCGAACCCCAGACGUAUAACAGCGUUAUAACAGGCAGAGCACAUAAUAUAUUCAAUUUUUACAUUGAAUAUAUUUUCAAUGUGCUUGUGGAACUCUUCCCAAUAUGGUUGUAUUACCUGGCAGUCCAAAAAACAUGGAAGUGGUUUGGCUCCGUUAGACCCACCAAGUUGCUUUGACAUCGUCUCUGAAUGGGUGGAACAAAAAACUCGUUUUUCCAGCAAAACUCGAGCCAUGUGUUUGAUCCGGUGGAGACCCACUGCAGCUGACAGAUUUCCUCCCAGCCUUCUUGUGAGAUUAUUACCUUCAUUUCCUUUUCCUCUUUAUGUAUUCUGUAUUCCCAUGUUUAGAUAGCUGUAUGGCAUUAUAUAAUUUAGAGAUAAUUCUGCUGUCUGAUCUGGAUUUAAUUAGUGAUAGAAACACCUCCAUGAAACUUGAAUCAUUUUAAAAUGUCUAUGAAAAUAAUGUCUCACCUGCAGGUACCUAAAAAAAUAAUCUUUUUCCAGUCCAUGAUCCUUUGUAAGGAUUCAAAACUGAAACUCUUUGUGGACAAAUGAAUAAUAGGUAGUUAAUCCUUUUGAAAUCCAUAACUUGAAUCUGUUAUCAAUCCUAUUUGAUGCAAAAUCUGAAAGCUUUAUUAUAUUUGAAUAAAAAAUAAAUACAUCAAA